GAACCAGGUGAAUGGGGUUUAUGCUCCUCGGCUGACCAGUGGGUCCCACAUGUCAUGGGGACCGUACGGAGGGCUUCGGUUUCAAGUGGCUCUUCCUUGAUGCCACGAGGACGCGCUGCACACGCGCCCGAAGCCAUGUCCAAGGCUGUGUCGCGCAUUCCGUCGAGCACCUUGACCUCGCUCCUCCCCCGAGCCCUCAACCCCCACGUCGCCGUCGUUGACCUCGUGUGCACCCACCUCGCCGCAGCCGCCGACGGCGCCAAACCCAUCGACCUCACCCGCCUGCUCCCAUAUCUCGGCCACGACGAGCUCACCGCAGUCGUGCUCCGCGCGGGUCACUCCCAGCCGCUCCCCACCCUCCGCUUCUUCCUCGCACUCCCGCCGCCGCUCCAGCCUUCGCCUCCGCACCUCGCCUUCCUCGCGCACUCGCUCGCCUCCUCCCGCCUCUUUUCCCACGCGCUGGACGCGCUCUCCCACCUCGUCCGCCUCCACCCGGGCCACGACGCGCUGCCCACGCUCCUCCUCGCGUCCCCCACUGCGCCGCACCCUUCCCUGCCGGGCCUCCUCGUCAAGGCCCUCCUCCGCCAAGCCCGCCUCCGGGACGCGUUCCGCGCCGCCCUCCGCGCGGCCGCCGCCGGCGCGCCCCCCGACGCCGCCGCCUUCAAUGCGCUUCUCGCCGCACUCUCCCGCGCGGGGCGGUUCGAUGAGCUCUGGGCCGCGCGCGCGGCCAUGGCCCGCGCCGAGGUGCGGCCCGACGCGCGCACAUUCAACAUCCUCGUCGCCGCGCUCUGCCGCGGGGAGGACGCGGAGCGCGCCCAGGGGUUCCUCGAGGAGCUGGAGGAGCAAGGGUUUGAGCCGGACGUGGUGACGUACAACACCCUCCUCGCGGGCUACUGCCGCAGAGGGAGGCUGCAGGGCGCGCUCCACCUGUUCGACGUAAUGCCACACAGGCGCGUGCCGCCGGAUUUGGUCUCGCACACCAUUUUGAUAGACGGGCUGUGCAAGGCCUGGAGGCUGAAAGAUGCACGCCGGAUGUUUGACAGGAUGGUGCAGAGUGGCUUGUGCCCUGAUGCUGUUGCUUAUAGUGUUCUGAUCACAGGGUACUGUAAUGAAGGACGUCUAAGGGAGGCGAGGUCUCUGCUGAUGGAGAUGGUUGGGAGUGGGCUCUCGGCGGUAGCAUUCGCUCUCAGGGUUGUGAUUGAGGCUCAUGUAAAAUUCGGGAAGUUGCUGACCUGCUUGAAUAUGGUAGCUCCACUAAGGAAAUAUGGUGUUGUUAUCCCAUCGCAGAGUUAUAGCUGUUUGAUUGGUGCAUUGUGCAAUGAAAUGCGCCCUAAUGCUGCGAGGGGUUUGCUGCAGUGGAUGAUAGAGGAUGGGCACAGUCCUAGAUUGCAGAUGUACAAUAUGAUUGUGGACUGCUUCUGCCAAUGUGACAAUCCAAAGGAAGCUUUGGAUGUCAAGGUUGAGAUGAUGUCCAGAGAAGUGAAACCAGACUACGACACUUACCGGUCACUCAUAACCUGCCUUUGCAGAUUGGGAAGGAGCUUGGAUGGUCAGUCCGUAAUGGUGGAGAUGAUUGAGUCGGGUUCCCGACCGAACGAGGCCAUUUGUGCUGCCUUGGUUUGUGGCUUCUGCAAGGAAGGCGACCUUGGUAGAGCAGAACUAAUUGUGAAGUCUUUCGUGCUCGAUUUUCAGAUCCACUGUAAUGAGAGCUAUAAUGAGUUGAUGAGGACUUACUGCGAGACUAGGAGCACAGGAGAGUCACUAGCUCUGCAGGACAGGAUGUUAGAGUUGGGUUUUGUUCCAAACAGUGAGACUUGUCGUUCUAUUAUCUAUGGGCUGUCAAAAGGCGCUGGUUAAGUUGAUGUGAUCUGUUAUGCAAGGCACCAACUUCAAUCGUCUUAUUGAAUGGUAUACAUGAUUCUGUAAUAUGCAUGUGCAAUGCACCCGUUUCCAUAGCAAUGGUGUUCCAAGGCCAGAAAAACCCAUGCUUGAUUAUUUCAAGCACAGGCUUCUGCGCAGACUAGAGGCAAUAUUUCGUUCUGGUCUGAGAUAGGAUGCCAAGGCCAAAGAUGCUGGUUAAAGCUGAGUGGUUCCUGCAUUGUCAAAUUUGGUAGUGAAUGACGCAGAGGACAAAAGGUGCAAACCAACACAAAUUCGAGGAUCUUGGGAAGUCAAUUAAAAAUCUCUAGAUGUUUCUAUGGAGGGUGGAGUUCACAUUUUACCAAGACUGGUGGGUCAUGAACAUGACUCGGACUCUUGGUACCGUGGUUUGCAACAAAAUAUAGGUGACUCAGAGAUGGUUUCAACCUUCGCUCCAUUCUUGGAACCAGAUCUUGUCUUUUCUCCUCAUUUCUUCCACAGGGUAAUACUACAUGACAGCCAAAAUUCCACUUGUGCCAUCCCAUUGUCAAUGUCAGCUGGUAUUUCAAAUGGUUAAUUCAGAUCAAAACAAGGAGAGUAGUGAUGCCAUCGACAGAUUCCUUCGCUGCCUCAAUCCCUCAGAGGUGGAACGGCAUGGUAUGCAUGAUGGUUCGUGGAGCAAAAUGGUGGAGCAGGGAGAGAGGUAGAACAAGUGUUGGGCAAACUUUCUUGAAUAAACCAGAUUCGACUGAUGGGAUCACGCAAACACCAGGCAAGAUUGUCGUGCCCAACAAAGGUUUAUAGACGCUACUUUACAUUUUUUUUCUUCGAAACGAGGCUUUACCCCCAUUUCCAUUACCCAGAAUGUAAAUAUAGAAGUUUGAUAGAUGCUACUUUACAUGUUAUGUGUCAGUGCUCGAGAGGGAGGUUCAUCAAAUACCUUUCAUCACCCACUGAUACUGACCUCAGCCAUCUGCUUCAUGCAAGGAGAUGAAAUCUGAGAUGCGCAUAUGUGCUGUAAAUUAGGAACCGUGUACUGUUUGUGUAAGCAUGCUGAAAUUGACAGAAAUUUCAGUUCCUAUAUUUCCGUUCGCAGUUCAGUGUAAAAUAUUGAUUUGUAGUUU